GAACAUGAACUUCCUCAACCUUGCCCCUCGUCAGUUCCGACGCGCCGGUCUUGCGCUUCCUUCUGGCAGCUCGCGAUGGCAGCAGUGCCAGCGAGUUACCGCGUUUUCACCUCGAAUCAUCAAGCGCGGCUUUGCAGAAGUCAAACAGGACGUGCCAAAACCCAAGCCGAAAGCAUCGACCGCUCUCCGCAGAGCAGCGUCUGCGUCCCUUCCCAUCCGUUCUAACCCGAACCCCACCCGGAGCGACAUCCAGCCCAUCUUCACCUACGCGACCGCGGAACGCUAUCUCAUGCAGAAUCUGCGGGGCUCAUUACCUAAAGGUGCGGUGUCGCUGCAUGAUGCGUGGUGGGUGCCAAAGUGGACGGACAGCCAGACCGGGAAGGACGGCGAGGUCUUCCUCUUCGCAAACGGGAGCUUCGUCUGCUGGGGUCUGGGUGAAGAUGAGGCGCAGCGCUUCGCGCAGGAAGUGCUGGCGCACUCGGGUGCGGAGCUCGCGCCGCUCAAGGAGGCCGAGACUGAAGACCUGGAGUUCGUCACCGAUCCCGAAGAAGACACGCGGUUACAAGGUGAUCUGAUCGUACUUGGACGACAGCCCCCUCUGAGCAGUGAGGACACCAUACCAAUGGACCUGCCUCAGUCGGUGCUGCCUCGCGAAACCGUGUUUGCUCGCUAUGCAUUCUCCCAAGCGCUUUCUCGGUCGACCGCGCUCUCUGUGCUCGAGUCCUCCUUGGAAGAAUACCUCACCUCUGUCGCUCCUCUCCCUCGGGCCCUUCAAAAGACGGGCAAACCUGGCCUGGGUCGUAGAGCGCUCGUCAUGAAACUUGGGGAACUGCUUCGCUUCCGCCAAGGUCUGAACCUCAACCGCGAAAACUUCUCUGACACACCCGAUUUCUACUGGUCUGAGCCUGCGCUCGAGGCUUACUUCAACUCGUUGAGCAAUGCGCUCGAAAUCCGGACCCGGACGCGAUCCGUAAACGACAAAAUUACCUACGCUGCUGAGAUGCAAUCUGUGCUGCGAGAGCUAUUGACGGAGACGUCGGCACAUCGCAUGGAGCUCAUCAUCAUUGCACUUAUUGCGGUCGAAGUCGUCAUUUGCCUUAUCCGGGACGGCCCCGAGCUCUGGGAAAUGGUCUUCGGCAAAGAGGAGGAAACCCCGUCUCCUGAAGCUCAAUAAAAGACACGAUACGUCGGCUGAAGCAUGAUUUACUCUACUCCUUGGUAAUACCUCGCUUUCUACGCUCUGCUCAAUCACAUAUCUAGCACACCUAUCUCACCGCUCUAACCUCCUGUAGAGGAAUCAUAAUAUAUGGCACUACGUAUAGUGGUGCAGCUCUCAG